AAAGUACUGAAGACGCUUCCCCAGCACAGCUGCUAAAGCUCCGGAGCCGAGAGCGUGUGCGGAGGCGGCGGCGGCGGCGACGGUAGCAGGAGCCGCCACCUCCGGGACCCCCGCAGCUGAGAGGCGGCGGGAGCGGCAGGCGCAGGCGGCGCGCCCUGGGAAGGACUCGAGAGCGCGCUCGCCGCUGCUGGGAGCGUUGCCGCCUCGCGGUUCCUCGCUCACUUCGCUUCCAGAAGGGGCGGCCGCCUCCAGGUGACACUGUCGGGACUCCUGCUUUCGCUUUCCAGAUGCAUCAGAGAUACUUUUGGACUGACCAAGGCCAAGUGGCGUUUGGCGGUCACUUCAUGGCGGAAGGCGAAGAGUACUUUGCCGUGGCUGAGGGCGAGAUGGCCGGCUGCUCGUACCCCGCCCUGAGCGGCGGCGACCUCGGCGGCGGCGGCUUCGGCGGGCAUUGCUUGGACUAUUGCGAAAGCCCCACAGCGCACUGUAACGUGCUGACCUGGGAGCAAGUGCAGCGGCUGGACGGGAUCCUGAGCGAAACCAUCCCGAUCCACGGGCGCGGCAACUUCCCCACGCUGGAGCUGCAGCCGAGCCUGAUCGUGAAAGUGGUGCGGCGGCGCCUGGCCGAGAAGCGCAUCGGCGUCCGCGACGUGCGCCUCAAUGGCUCGGCCGCCAGCCACGUCCUGCACCAGGACAGCGGCCUGGGGUACAAGGACCUGGACCUCAUCUUCUGCGCCGACCUGCGCGGGGAAGAGGAGUUUCAGACUGUGAAGGACGUCGUCCUGGACUGCCUGUUGGACUUCUUACCCGAAGGGGUGAAUAAGGAGAAGAUCACGCCGCUCACGCUCAAGGAAGCUUAUGUGCAGAAAAUGGUUAAGGUGUGCAAUGACUCUGACCGAUGGAGUCUUAUAUCUCUGUCAAACAACAGUGGCAAAAAUGUGGAACUGAAAUUUGUGGAUUCCCUCCGGAGGCAGUUUGAAUUUAGUGUAGAUUCUUUUCAAAUCAAAUUAGACUCUCUUCUCCUCUUUUAUGAAUGUUCAGAGAACCCAAUGACUGAGACAUUUCACCCCACAAUAAUCGGUGAGAGCGUCUAUGGAGAUUUCCGCGAAGCCUUUGAUCACCUUUGUAACAAGAUCAUUGCCACCAGGAACCCAGAGGAAAUCCGAGGGGGAGGCCUGCUUAAGUACUGCAACCUGUUAGUGAGGGGCUUCAGGCCUGCCUCUGAUGAGAUCAAGACCCUUCAGAGGUAUAUGUGUUCCAGGUUUUUCAUCGACUUCUCAGACAUUGGAGAGCAGCAGAGAAAACUGGAGUCCUAUUUGCAGAACCACUUCGUGGGAUUGGAAGACCGAAAGUACGACUAUCUCAUGACCCUUCAUGGAGUGGUGAAUGAGAGUACAGUGUGCCUGAUGGGACAUGAAAGAAGACAGACUUUAAACCUUAUCACAAUGCUGGCCAUCCGAGUGCUGGCUGACCAAAAUGUCAUCCCUAACGUGGCUAAUGUCACUUGCUAUUACCAGCCGGCCCCCUAUGUAGCAGAUGCCAACUUUAGCAAUUAUUAUAUUGCACAGGUCCAGCCAGUGUUCACAUGCCAGCAACAGACAUACUCCACUUGGUUACCCUGCAAUUAAGAAUCAUUUAACAAUAUCUUGUGGGGAAGCCAUUACAGACAAUAUAGGGGAAAAAAAAGAAAGUCUGAGUGACCCAGCCCUGAUUAAGAAUGUAUUUUGUGCAAUGAUGAUCUGCUCCUGGUUUUAAGCUUGGCAAAGCUUGUGGGUCUUUCCAUAGGUAUGGGAGCAUGAUCUCCAAACAACCCUCCACCCAGCGCCCCCACCUGAUCCUCCUACCCAAUUGGAUUCUGUCUGGAAGCAAAAGAGACCUGUCAAUAAAAGCAACUAGGCUCUCUUAAAAUAACAAGGGAAGAAAUGCUUGAUGACAAUAUAGGUUUGCAGUACCUGCUCCCAUAGCUUUGCCAUGGGGGGAGAAAAGUGGAGAUUAUUUUAAAAGAUGGAAUUCACAAAAGGGAAAAUACACAGGAAAAAAGGUCUUACCCCAACUUAAUUAUCAGUUCAGGAGUUCAGACAGUGAAAAUACUAUAGAAAGAAGAAGAACCCCAACAUUGGAACUGAUAUCUGAGGCUUUAGCAGGUGCUUUCUGUGGAACUAUCCUAUUGUGAUGACAGAAACAGCUUGCUCUGAAUGAACAGUAAGUAGUAGGUUGGUGCAAUUCUCAUGACAAACAGUAGAACUUAUGAUGACACAAUCCAUUAUUUCCAGCUGUGUGCACAGCUAGCAUUUUUAAAAUGUGAAAAUGCAAGUAGAAACAGCUGUAGCAAAGAAAGUAUGCUCAAGGACCAAAGAUUUAGCAGAUAAAAAUAUCCUAGUAGAAGAGAUAUAGUAAAAUAUAUAAAGAGUUACUAUAUUUGUUAUACACCAAUGUACAUCAAAGUGCCUGUUGCCUUCUGAAAAUUUGAAAUGGGAAAGUUUUAUGGUUUAAUGAUCAUUUUAUUUUAUCAGGGACUCAAGAAGAAAAUAACACAUAAGCUUGUGAAUGGUGGAGGAAAUGCCCUACUUUUUCUUGGCAAAUACUUGUAUAAAGUUAACAUUGUUGGUGUGAUAUUAUCAUAGGUACAUGUGUAUGUGUGUAUAUUAUGUGUGUGUAUAUACAUAUUUGGAUAUGUAUACAUACACACAAUACAUCAACUAUGGUCUAGAAUAAUGUAGCAAAUAGGAAAUGUUUAAAUACUAUGUGCUUUUAUGUUUUCAACAGGAUGACGUGAGACGUGGGCAUAUUCCAGUGAUGAAUUAAAACCCACAUCUAGAAAAAAGCAAAUGAAGGAGGAAAACAAAUAAUAUAUUUGCUAGGAAGAGCAGAGAUUAUACAUUUUUAGAGAGUGGGUUUUUUUUGUUUUCCUUUUUUGUGAGCCGUAGAAUUCCACAAAUGGGAAGAAUAUUUGCAGAGUACUCUUUUUUUUUAAAAUACUGAACUACCAUUCUGACAGUUUGACUUUUUUAUUAUUUGUAAUACUUGCAUGCCUCCAUGGUGUAAAAUACAGUAAAUCAUGGCUCAGUGGUAGUCUUUUGAAAUCCCUGACUGCUAAAAAGAAUUUCUGGUGAUCUGAACACUACUUAUUAAUAUUUAAAUGAAUUUUUUAAUGAAUGUGUUUUGCAUUCCAGGACCACUAGAAUUUAGUAAAUGUGAAAUGACCCUUUUUAAAGAAAUAUUUGCACAAUUGCUUAAAAUUUAUAUGAGAUAUAUAUUAUAUAUGAAAUUUUAUAAAUUCAUGUCAAUAUGAAACAUGUUUGAUCUGGUUGUUACACUGCAUUUAAAUAUUUAGUACUGUACUUCAAAUUCAAUCACUUUGCUUUGAAUCAAAUCCAACUUUUAUUUUCUCUUUCCCAGUGAACAGUUGUACAACCUUUGUGAAAUGAACUGGCAUCACCGUUUCAGUUCAGUGACAGCUAAUUCUAAAACCUACUCCUUGAUUCCUUUCGAUACUAGUUUCUGAAAAUGCGUUUGUUAAAAACAAAACUAACACAUAAAAACCUUCCCUUUGUUAUUGUGAAAUAGCCACAUAAGCCCUACCAACUCUAGUGGAUGACUGCUUACUAUGAAAAAUCAAUCAGAUUUUUGUCAUCAGUUAAGGAUUGGGGAAGAAAAUAGCACCACCCUUCUGGCAGUGUAAUUUAUUUGUUUAUUACAUGGGCAUCUCUCAGAUGCUCAGUGCUAGGUCAGUCCAUCUGAACCAUCUUUUGCACGUCUUUGAAGCCUUAACAGGGACUUGAUGGGUUUGCUGUAGCAGCUUCCCUGUGAAUUCUGUCGGAGCUGUAACAGCUACCGCACUGCCGCUAACUGUUCCCUAGGGAGCUCUUCCUUGUCCCAUGCUGGUUCAGUCUCCCUCACUCCAGCCCUAGGUUUGAAAAAGUAAUUGUGAGUUUCCAGGAAAUAUCAUUCCAUUUGCAGAUUAAGCCUGAUACUUCACUGUCAGAAACCAGAGUUCUACUUGCUCUCCUGUUGGGAAGUUUCCUAAGAGAAAACUUAAGGGAACACUUGGAAACAGAGGAGCAGCUGGUAAUCUGCCUCCUUCCUUAUCCUAACUCAUAACAAGUGAGUUGUCCACUAUGUUCAAAAGAAUCUGGAGGUCUCUGGCUCGGCUGUAGCAGCAACUUGCUGCUAAUUUAUGACACAGAUGUUUGUUCGGAGACGCCCUAUUUGAAAAUAUACUUCAUUUAUUAUCUCAAAUAUUUACGUUCUUUUCUUGCUUACUCCAGGGUUGGGAGCAUAGAUGGAAGUGCCAGUAUCUGGCAUUCAGAUAAAACAGCUCACGAAAACCUUAGCAGUUACUUUUAAGACAGAUAAUUUAUUUCUCUUUUGUAUGUACUAUAGUCUUGUGCAUAUGUAGUUGAACAAACAGUGGAACAUGUCUCUCUCUGUGGAUGUGUGGCCUAACAGUCUGAAUGUCUGGCGAGAGAAAGCCGUGUGUAUAGGUCAGCAAAAAGGACAGCUCUCAACUCCUGUUUAGUGCCUGUGAUUUGCUUGCUUGCGUGUUUGUCUAGCCUACUGUGCCGUCACUUUAAAACAGGAAAAAAUUUUUCUCUUCUGAAGGCUUUUCUCACUGUCCAGUUUGGCAUAUCAGAGAACAUUCAGCCUGUGAGAGUGACCUUUUAAAAAGUUAUACUUCAUUUGCAGUAAAUCUAGUUUCCUCAAGAAAUUCUGUGUCAAGAUGGACAUUUCCCUCCCAGAAAAGGGAUCAAGUAUCUUAAUCUGCUCACUUUGGUAUUGGAUGGACUAUUUUAACAUGUCUCCAAAAAAUGCAAGGAUGGAAGAAUAUCUGUGAGCCAAGCCAAAGCAGAAAUGCAAAGAAAAGUGGACGUAUUACUGUUUUUGCCACCCCUUUUUGCUUGCUUCUGUUGGUUGCUUUACUGUGUAUAAAAUUGUUUUCAGUGCAAUGCUUGUCAAAUAAAUAUUGUGGACUAUUUUGUAAAUGAAAUGUAUUAUGUUGAAAGCUGUUAGCAGUUCAAAAAUAAGCUUUUUUGUUGUUUGACGACAAAGUGUGUGAAAUGAAACCCAAAAGCCAAAAAAAAAGUAAUUUCAUGUAUAGGACCUAUUUGAAUAUAAUCUUUCCUUAAGAUUGCUUAUAGCAUAGCCUUUUCAGUGCUAAGAAAGAAUCUCUGUGUUAUUUUGUUGUUAUAAUGGCUUGCUAACAAAGUACCUGGUAAAAGUACAAAGUUGGAAGAUGUCAAGGUAAUUUGGCAAGACUUGCUGCAAAGCCUUGUAGGAUGGAGGAGGCUGUACCCACUGGCUGUCUCUCUCCAACCUCUCUACAACCAUUGCCUGCUCUGAGAUAUCCUAUUGCAGCAAGCUGCACCUUGGGCCACUCUUCUGAAAUAUUUUGACUUUAGGCUGUCACAGGCUGAAAAGGAGUUGACGGAGAAUGGCCUCUUAAAAACUGACAUGUUGAAUCAGUGCUAGAGGGAACAGAUUGUGAAUCUUGUUUACAGCAUCCAAUAUUUGGAUUUUUUUCCCUUGUAAAUAAAAAGAACUUAUUUUUUUCUAUUGA